AUGGCAACUACGACGGCACCAGCAACAAAUCCAUCAUUGCAUACCUAUGAAAGUGGUAUUAAACCAUACUUCGAACAACAAAUUCAAGAGACUGAAUUAAAGAUUCGUACAAAGACUGAGAACUUACGUAGAUUGGAAGCUCAGAGGAACGCUUUAAAUGACAAAGUACGUUUCAUUAAAGAUGAAUUACGUCUUCUACAGGAACCAGGUUCAUAUGUUGGUGAAGUGCUUAAAGUGGUCUCCGAUAAGAAAGUAUUAGUAAAAGUCCAACCCGAGGGGAAAUAUAUUGUUGACAUUGCCAAGGAUAUCAACGUUAAAGAUCUGAAGACUUCCCAAAGAGUCUGUUUAAAGAGUGAUUCAUAUAUGCUGCACAAAAUCCUAGAAAAUAAAGCAGAUCCAUUAGUCUCAUUAAUGAUGGUCGAAAAAGUCCCUGACUCCACCUAUGAUAUGGUUGGUGGGCUAACAAAGCAAAUUAAAGAAAUUAAAGAGGUUAUUGAAUUACCUGUGAAGCAUCCUGAGUUAUUUGAAAGUUUAGGUAUUGCUCAACCAAAGGGUGUUAUCCUAUAUGGUCCACCAGGGACGGGUAAAACAUUACUGGCUAGGGCUGUAGCACAUCAUACUGACUGUAAAUUUAUUAGAGUUAGUGGGGCAGAAUUAGUUCAAAAAUAUAUUGGUGAAGGUUCUCGUAUGGUUAGAGAACUUUUUGUCAUGGCAAGAGAACACGCUCCUUCUAUUAUAUUCAUGGAUGAAAUCGAUUCUAUUGGUUCCUCACGUGUGGAAGGUGGAUCUGGUGGCGGUGAUUCAGAAGUUCAAAGAACCAUGUUAGAACUAUUAAAUCAAUUAGAUGGGUUUGAAACAUCGAAAGAUAUUAAGAUUAUUAUGGCGACAAAUAGAUUGGACAUUUUGGAUCCAGCACUACUUAGACCAGGGAGAAUAGAUAGAAAGAUUGAAUUUCCUCCACCAACUGUGGCAGCAAGAACAGAAAUUCUAAGAAUCCAUUCAAGAAAGAUGAAUUUAACAAGAGGUAUUAACCUGAGAAAGAUAGCUGAGAAGAUGAAUGGUUGCUCUGGUGCAGAUGUGAAAGGUGUAUGUACGGAGGCUGGUAUGUAUGCCCUAAGAGAAAGAAGAAUUCAUGUCACUCAAGAAGAUUUCGAAUUGGCAGUGGGUAAAGUCAUGAAUAAGAACCAAGAAACAGCAAUUUCUGUUGCCAAGUUAUUCAAAUAG